AUGUCAAAUGCUGCUCCAAACCUCAGCAACUUGGCAAUGCUGAUGCCUCCACCACCAAUGCCAACUGCUCAUCACAACCCCAAGUUUUCCCCUGCUGGCCUGAGUGUCCAAGUGCCAGCUGCUUGGCAGAAUGUCCCUUGGCCAGCAAACCCUCUGGCAAAUGCUGCAUCAGGCCACAUGAUCAUGCUGCCACCUGGCUCCACUGGUUAUAGUACACAGCAUGUACAUUAUGCAGCUCAAUGUGAAUGUUGGGCACACAUGGCUCACAACCCACCUCCUGCAGAGACAAUCUCCUUAGAAAUAUGGGCAGUCUUCAAAGCUGGGGGCAAAAAGAAGAAUCUGCAAGAAAACAACAUUGGGAGUCUCUGUGAGGGGCUGAAAGAUGUUGACAUGCUGAGCACUGUGCAUGAACUUUUGGCCAUAGCACUUGGCAUUUUGGUACUGUGCAUCAAAGAUUACUGCCCACAGUUUCCCUGCCCAAUGGCAUACUUUUAUGGUGACUGUCUCCAUGACAGCAAUUGGAGAGGAUCAAAAGCGAGGGUUUUUAAAUCAAAACAGUUCAUGUCAUUCAUCAUUGUACCUGCAAAUCAGUGGGAAGAAUUUCAAGAAUUUCAAGAGAAGCUCCACUCUAGCCCACCUGCCCACAAACAGCAGACAUCUCAGGCUGGCUUGAGCACUUCUCUCCCUGGUUCUACAGUCUUGACACCAGUUGUACCUCAAAGCAUGAUGACUUCUGAGCCAUCCACUCUUUUUUUCUCCAAGGGAGUGGUUUCUAUGAUGUCAAGUAGCACGUUUGAUCACCCAAUCUUGCAUGAUGUUUCACAUCUUUGGUAUGGAGAAAAGGAUAUGGUGCUGCCCACUAAUUCAAGUGUGAUGUCUGGUAAAUGCCACCACCAUCAUACUAGUAGUUCAUCCAGCAGUUCUACUCCCCUUCCACCCCAGAAGAGAUCUGUGAAAACUUUCUUGUCCCCCAACUGCAAUCAAAUCAAGAAAGCAUUACAGUCUGGGGGGGCCUCUGAAUUCAAUUUAAAGACAGUCUUCUGGCAGAAAGUCAUACAAGUGGACUUUUACCCCAUCCUGACCCAUGAUCUUAAUGAUCUGCUCAAUGCCUCUGCUGAUUUGAUCAUCAGAGUCAGAGCAUUCAAGAUGGCCCAAAUUGCACAACUCAACCUAUCACCUCUCAGGGACAUGGGUAUUGGGUCAUCUCCCAAUGAUCACAUCAUCCUCAAAAGACCAUAUAUUGACAACCAUCCUGCAGAAGUCAAACCCCCAUUCACAUGUUAUGCCCUACAAGAUGAGUCCAACAUACUUUACUGUGAAGCCAAUGCUUUGUACUGGGCCAAAGCACUCUUGCAGAUGACAUACCAAUUUGUUGAUCAUGCUGUUGAAGAUACCAAGGUACUGCCACCUUUCGAAAUUCCUUGCCUGUGCUUUGUGGAUGCAGGAUUGUUAUUUGCAUAUUUGGAUGUGCCAGCAGAAACAGAAAGGGGGUCUGGGAAGCUGUACAAGCCCAGCAGUAUUGUGAAUGUCGCAUACCUUGUUGAGGAACUCAUCCCCAUGUCCUCAGAUGAUGAGUUUGUGAAGUACAUCCACAAUGGCGAUGCAGCUCCUUGCUUCCUUCUGGAUACAAAGGCAGAAGAGAUUGCAGACUUUUUGGCCUUCACUCAACAUGUACAGUACAUCAUGACUGGUGGUCAAGUAUACAUAUCUGACUAUCAAGGUAGUGGACUGCUUUUGACAGAUCCACAGAUCCUCACACAUCCAUAA